GCCUCUGUCACCCGCCAGCCAUCCCAGCCCUGAGCGGCAACAGAAUCGUCACCCUUUUCUCAACCUGCCUCUGGGACCCCAUUCGCUCGUAGUGCCAACCGCUUCUCCUGUUACUGGGUCACACCACAGCUUCUCACUACUCCCCGGGGGACCCAGAGUGUUCCAGGAGCCCCCCAGUCCCCACUCCUGCCGGGCAUUUAACCCCUUUCCUGCCGCAGCCAUGUCUAACAACAUGGCCAAGAUCGCUGAGGCUCGCAAGACGGUGGAGCAGCUGAAGCUGGAGGUGAACAUCGAGCGCAUGAAGGUGUCGCAGGCGGCAGCUGAGCUUCUGGCUUUCUGCGAGACGCACGCUAAGGAUGACCCACUGGUGACGCCUGUCCCCGCCGCCGAGAAUCCCUUCCGUGACAAGCGACUCUUUUGCACCCUGCUCUGAGCCCUCAAGAAAGCUUUAUCCUCCCCCGCCGAAGUAUGAAAUCCAAUAAACUUGGUAACCUGCUGG